UUGCUCGAGCCACCAGCGACAUUCAGUCUCUCAUUCAACUCUCGUAUUCGCUGUCGUCAGCACACGCGCGCACGCAACUCACGGCAACGACACGACACGAUACAGUACGUACGAUACGAUAGUACACGGCAGCUUUGAGCCCCGCUUCGUUUCGGUUUCUCGUUUUCGUUUCGGCUCGUUACCGCCUCCUCGUCGGGGCCCGGCCAGCAGUUGUUCGUGCCUCGUCAUCUCAGCAACAUUAUUCAGGCCCAAAAAAAUACAAAAAAAAACGUGUGGCCCGAAAUCAACGUAGAACGCACCUCGAACAGGUUUCGACGCCGUCCACUUUUGACGGAGAAACAGAAAGGUGCUCAAUUCCGCAUAGUGUGGAGGUAUUUUUUCCUGGACACCGCGAAAAUAACAACAAAAUUCGCCUUACGAAAGCUACAAAAUUUUGAGGCGGCACACACAAACACACACACAUUCAGUUCCGUUCCGCGACGGUUUUUAACAAACGAAUUUCAAGUGUUUUUUAUUCGAGCGAGAGAUCGAAAACCAAAUAGAAAAAAUAAAUAGAAAUUUGUGACUGUGGAAACGAAAGAAAACAAAAAGAAACGCCAUUCGAAACGCUCCAAAGGGAAAAAGAGAGCGAAAAGUGUCGGCUGCCAAAAAUAAAGAAGAAAAUAUCUUAGAAAUACAAAGAUAUAUUCGCAAAAAUUUGUUAUGCAAGAAAAACACUUUAGAAAAAGAUACUAACCAAAUAUAUAGUAACACAAGUGCAACAUGGUUUCCAAGAAAAUGUUCAAAAAAUCCUAAAAACAAAACGUACGAGUAUUUGCUGGAUAUCUACUACAUAGAAAGAAACAACCAAGUAACGGAGCAUAGUAAAAGUAUCUAGUAUCUACAACUUCAACGCGGAUGAUUAGCAGCAUCCCGACCUAGGACCAAAAGAGACUCUAAGCAAAGCGGAUCGAUCGAAAUACAUUCCCCUCUAACAACAUGCUGACCAUGGAAUCGGAUAUGAAGGGCAGCCUGCUGCAUGCCACAAUGCCGCCGCAUCACACCAGUGCCGCUCUGCACGGCCAUGCCGCCUCGCCCUACUCGGCGCUGGCGCCUCUAAUGAACCUCGGCCAGUCGCAUCUCACCCACUCGCAGCUGAGUCACCAUAACCACCAUCACCACCACCACAUGAGCGCCCAUAUUGCGGCCAGCCAGAGUCCCCUCAGCUCGCUGCAGACCAGCAUGGCCAAUACCCUCAACGGGACGCAGGUGGGGCAACAGCAACAACAACAACAGCAGCAGCAGAGUUCUCCGCUGCACAGCUCCAGCGAACUGAGUCCCACCCAGAGCAGCAUUGGUAGCCAUCACAUGACCUCGCCCGUGAGCCACCAGCAGCAGCAGCAGCAGCAUUCCCAGCAGCAGCAGCAUCCCACACACAUGGCCGCCGGAUCCGCUUUGAGCAGCAUGACCGGUGGUGGCAGUAACAACAACAACAACAACAACAGCGCCACGGCCAACAAGAAUCAGGCGCACGCGGAUCGUGUGAAGCGGCCGAUGAAUGCCUUUAUGGUGUGGUCACGUGGCCAGCGCCGGAAGAUGGCCUCCGACAAUCCAAAGAUGCACAACUCGGAGAUUUCGAAGCGGCUGGGAGCCCAAUGGAAGGACCUCUCCGAGGCCGAGAAGCGGCCGUUCAUCGACGAGGCGAAGCGCCUGCGAGCGGUGCACAUGAAGGAACAUCCGGACUAUAAGUAUCGUCCACGUCGCAAGACCAAAACUCUGACCAAGACCAAGGAGAAGUACCCGAUGGGUGGCCUGAUGCCCGGUCAGACGGUGGGGGGACCAGGGGGAGCCGGCGACCCAGUCACGCCCACCCGCGUCCAGAGUCAAUCGCAGAACCAGUCGGUACCAUCGGCGGCGGCCGCAGCAGCGGCGGCGGCGGCAACGGCCCAACAGGCCCGCCAGGACAUGUACCAGAUGAAUGCCCCCAACGGGUAUAUGCCCAACGGUUACAUGAUGCAUGCGGAUCCCGCCGGAGCGGCUGCCUACCAGAACUCGUACAUGGGCCAGCACUACGCCCAGCGGUACGACAUGGGCCACAUGUACAACAACGGCUAUGCGAUGUACGGCACGGUGUCGGGUGGCCAGACCUCGCCAUACGGAGGCAGCCUCCAGCAGCCGGGCUCCCCGUCCCCGUACGGAUCGAGCAGUCUCCAACAGCAACCCGCCUCGCCACAGCCCUAUGGCGGAGGAGGCGGCGGCGGCGGUCAAGUGUCCUGCCAGAGCCAUAGUCCCAGCGAUUCGAGUAUCAAGUCGGAGCCGGUGUCCCCCAGUCCCAGUGCCAUAGCGCUCAACAACAACAAUAACAACAACAACAAUCACAUCAUGAAGCGGGAGUACGUGUCCGCCACAUCAGCAGCGGCAGCAGCAGCAGCAGCAGCGGCGGCCGGCGCCGGAGGGGAGCUGAAUCAUCUGAUGAACAUGUACCAUCUGCCGGACGAGCAGCGUCAUCUGCUGCACUACCAGACUGACUCGCCCGAUCUGCAGCAGCAGCACGCGGCGAUGCACCAGCACCAGGUGCAUCAAGUGCACCAACAGGUCCAGCAACAACACCAGCAGCACCAGCAGCAGCAACAGCAACAACAGCAACAACACCUGCACCAGCAAUCCCUGCGAGCGAUGGCGCCGCUGGCACAUAUGUGAGAAAUGGCCAGCGCCUAUGGAGCAGCAGCCUCAACUGUGAGCGUUUCGCCGCCACCGCUGCCGCUGUCGAGUGUCUAUAUGCCGUCGGCGGCACAACAGCAGCAGCAGCAACAGCAGCAGCAUCAACAGUUGCUGAACGGACGGCCCAGUCCCACUGCGUCCGGUUCUGGGUCGUCGGGUGGCCGCUCCUCGGCGCAUUCUAGUGGCCAUGCGGCCGCGCAUUCACCCGCCUUGGCGGCCGCUGCCAUUGCUGCCGCCGCCUAUCAGCUAUCCUCUGCCUCUGUCUCUGUCCCUGCCUCUGGUUCUGGCUCCGGCUCCUCCGUUUCCAUUUCUGGAUCCGGAUCGGUGUCGGGUUCGGUAUCAUCCUCCUCCACCUCCUCGUCAGCAGCGGCCGCAGUGGCUGCUUCUGUGGCGGCAGCCGUUGCCGGUUCGUCUGCUUCCAAUGUUUUCACGGCCGCCAGCAUGCUGGACAUGCACCAACAGCAGCAACAUCUGGAGGAGCAGCAGCACCAUCAUCAGCAUCUCCACUACCAGCAGCAGCAACAGCAGCAGCAACAGCAGCAACAUCAGCAGCAGCAGCAGCAUUAUCAGCAGCAGCAGCAGCAUCAGCUCUACCAUCACUAUCAUCAUCCUGGGCAUGAGGCGGCAGUUGUUGCCAGUGCCGCCGGGCUCUUGGAUAUCUCCACAUUGUAAAUUAUUGAAAAUAUUAACUAAAACACACACACAAAAACACAUUUUAGCUUUAGUUUUAAGGAGAAAAUUCCAAGGAAAUAUAUAAAUAAAUGAUUAGAAUUUAAAGAAUA